AUCAAUCAAUCAAUUAGCGGCGCACAUACAGAGCUGGGCACUAUAAUUUAGCGCCUAGUAAGGUAUAGCAUGUGGACGGGCGGUGCCUGAGCCGGGCGGUGUGAAGGCGACGGCAGUGGUGCUAGUCGCUUUUGCGCCCAACACCAUCCAUUCUCACCACUUCUCCUUAUCGUCUCCCCGCGGGUCGUCGCCAUUGUUCUCUCUUGCAGCAGUCGUUGGAAUCCAGGUUGCAUAAGAAACAGGACCGAGCCACACAGUCGCCAGUUCUGCCACUUGUUGUCGCAUUUCACAGAGCAUAAACCGCCAUCAUGUCAGACACAAAGGUCUACCGCGCGAGCACCACCGCUCCCGUCAACAUUGCUGUUGUCAAGUACUGGGGCAAGCGCGACGCCAAGCUCAACCUCCCCACCAACAGCUCCCUCUCCGUGACGCUCUCACAGAACGAUCUUCGAACCCUCACCACCGCCUCCUGCUCCUCCACCUACUCCGGCGACGACAGCCUCCUCCUCAAUGGCGAGCCCUCUGAUAUUUCCGGCGCGCGAACCCAGGCCUGCUUCCGCGAGCUGCGCGCCCGCAGAGCUGCGCUCGAGGCUGCCGAUGCCUCGCUGCCCAAGCUGUCGACCUUUCCCCUGAAGAUUGUCUCCGAGAACAACUUCCCCACGGCCGCUGGUCUGGCGUCGUCCGCUGCUGGAUUCGCAGCCCUCGUCCAGGCCAUUGCCAACCUCUACGAGCUCCCCGAUUCUCCGUCUGAGCUGUCCAUCGUUGCUCGCCAGGGCUCCGGCUCUGCCUGUCGCAGUCUCUUCGGCGGCUACGUCGCCUGGAGAAUGGGCGACAAGGAGGACGGCAGCGACUCCAAGGCUGACCUCGUCGCCCCCGCAUCGCACUGGCCGAGCAUGCGAGCCCUGAUUCUGGUUGUCAGCGCCGCCAAGAAGGGCGUCUCCUCCACCUCUGGCAUGCAGCAGACCGUCGCCACUUCGGGCCUCUUCAAGUCGAGAAUAGAAACCGUCGUGCCCGCCAACAUGGCUCUGAUGGAGGAUGCCAUCAAGAACCGCGAUUUCGCCAAAUUCGCCGAGGUCACCAUGCGCGACUCCAACUCGUUCCACUCCACUUGCGCCGAUACCUACCCUCCCAUCUUCUACAUGAACGACGUGUCCAGGGCCGCCAUCCGCGCCGUCGAGGCCAUCAACGCUCAGGCGGGCAAGACAGUCGCUGCCUACACUUUUGACGCCGGCCCAAACGCCGUCAUCUACUACCUGGAGGAGGAUGCGGCCACAGUGCUGGGUGCCUUUGCGCCGCUUGUCGCCUCCACAGACGGCUGGAAGGACGGAAGCGCCACAAAUGCCACCGUCAAGCUGGACGAGGGCAUUGCAAGCACAAUCAAGGAGGGCGUCAGCAGAGUCAUCAUGACUGGCGUUGGCGAGGGCCCGCAGAAGACGGAUGAGUUUUUGAUUGCUGAGGAUGGCUCGCCCGUGAAGCGAUAGAGGAAAAAGCAAUAGAAAUACGGCGUUUUUGUUGGGAUGUAAUAAGCUGUUCAUGUGUCUAUGGCGAACAAAAAAGUUGAUACAUAUAGGUACAAUCUAUAGAUGACUUGGAUACGAAAGAUAAUUUAUUUUGGGAAUUACUAUUCCGCAC